AUGGAGCGAAAACCAAAUAUUGCAAUCAUUGGUGCAGGGCCUAGCGGCCUCACGCUUGCGAGGAUUCUUCACCAACAUGGGAUCCCGACGACCAUUUUUGAGAGGGAUGAGAGUCAAAACGCGAGGAAAACCGAAGGUGGCUCUUUGGAUUUAAGUCUUGAUGGGGGUCAGAAAGCCAUCCGCAUGGCAGGCAUCUGGGAAGAAUACAACAAAUUAGCGCGUUACGAGGCCGAAGCAUUGAAGCUUAUAGACCGACACGGCAAAGUCUAUCUCGACAGCACCGGAUUUGACACUGGAAGACCUGAGAUUGAUCGCACUGAACUUCGACGUAUUCUACUUGAGUCAUUGCCUAAAGAAUACAUUAGAUGGAACCAUCACCUGAAAAGGGUGGACCCUGAUGGAACUCUUCACCUUGCACACACUAUAGAAAGCGGAUUCGACCUUAUUGUUGGCGCUGAGGGCACGUGGUCCAAGGUGCGAAAUGUUCUCACGCCGAUCCAACCCUUCUAUUCUGGAGUCACCGUUUACGAGACUCUGUACGAAAAUGUCGACGAGGCCCACCCUGAAUUUGCGGCCUUGGUAGGAGAAGGCUCCCUGUUGGUUAUCGGCAACGAGACAGGCAUUCACCAAAUGACACAAAGGCAAGGUGACCGUUCCAUCCGAACGUACGCCUAUAUCCGUCAGCCAGAGACUUGGGGCUCUGACGUCGAUUGGCACGACCCUAAAGCGGCGCGAGAAGCCUUGCUGCCUUGGUUUAACGACUGGGACCCUCAGUUCACUCAGUUCGUGACGGCGACUGAGAACCCUGUUCUCGCGCGCAAACUCUACAUCUUACCUGUUGGUCUCCGGUGGCCGCAUAAGGACAAUUUUACGAUUAUUGGUGACGCGGCUCAUGUUAUGACUCCAUUUGAGGGCGAAGGAGUCAACGCUGCCAUGCGUGAUUCCUUGGAGUUAGCACAAGCCAUUAUUGCCAAUCCAACUGAUAUACCUCAGGCAGUGAAGAACUAUGAGGAGAUCAUGUGGAAGAUCGGAGAACAGAAACAGAAGCAGACGUGGGACAAUAUGAUGCGAACCUUAGACUACAAUGGCAUCGAAUAUCUCCAUGAUCGGUUGCAGCACCUUAUGGGGAUGAUAAAGGAGGGAAAGAUGGCAAAGAAUGGAACCCCCCCCAACCCCAAAUAUAGUCACAUCCUCAAUACAGAAGCGCAAAUUUUAGAAGUCUUUUGA